CCAAGCCUCCCUCUCUCUCGCUCUCGCUCUUCGGCAAUGAGUUCAAGAAGGCUAAAGAGCCCCGUCGCGAGGCCAAUAAGGAGGAGAGAGAGCUGCCGGCGGCGAAUUUUGAGAACGCAUAAGAGUCCGAGAACUGCAGGAUGCGGCGGCGUCGAGUGUUCCUCUGUUUCGGACAAGUUGGAGGCGCUGAAAAGCCUCAUCCCGGCGCAGCAUGGCGGUGACAUAAAGGCAGAGCAGCUGUUCCAGCAAACGGCUGACUACAUUGUUCUCCUCAAAACGCAAGUGUUGAUUUUGCAGAAACUCGUCGACUUCUACGGCCAGAACCACAAUGCUGUAUAGUUUCCUGAUUUAGCGCUUCAUUUUUCAAAUAUAUGGAGAUGAGAUCGUCGAUCUCUCUCUCUCUCUCUCCUAAUCCACUGUAUGGCUACUUUAGAUGCACUCCACCAUUAAUUAGUUAAACUGUGCGAUCUGAUGAAGUUUUGGUAUUAGUUAAUUUGUUUCUUCUUCUUCCUUCUUCUUCUUCUGUUUGUGUUUUUGCAUUUUGAAUUAAUUCCUUGUUUCUGAAACCCUAGCGCCAUGAAUGAAUCGGAUGAGUCGGCUGACAGAAAAACUGGACAGAGCAUU